GAUUCCAGCGGAUAUCUGUGCGCGACUGUCUCCGUAAAUAUACCGGUGCUUGUCGAGUUAAGAAUCCUCUAUUGUGUUGCGUAGUACAGUCUGUAGAUUGUUCAAUGACAAUGGAAGAAUAGCUACCGUACCCACACAACCCUCCCUGGUCAAAGUUCAAAACGGCCAGCCCGUCGGUACCGGUACCUAUGCUAGCAAGCACAACUGCAACUGAGUGACGUGAGAAGAAACUUGGCAAUAAAAAAAUGGAUGGAAUUCUGGAAGUCAUGGAUGAUUCCUUGUCUAUUUUGUAUUGAUCAUGAUGGUGGAUUAUCUGAUCUAACUUUCAAAGUCUGCAAUAAGUUAAACUUAAACGAGUAAGGCAGUCAGGCUUGUCAUCUCAGGACUGAACAUUCCUUCCUCCGGUAAACUUUAUGGCAAAAAGAUGCCACAUCCUGGCUGAGAAAUGAAGAACUGGGUGAUGUCCUCGUCUAGAAAAAUGGAUCACCCUCAUCAGUUAAUAGCGUGUUUAAAAAUGGACUAACCUGACAAAAAAAAUGAUGGAGGAUAAAAGUCUCUUUGUGUAUGAUUAUGUUAAUUUGAAGAACAGGCAGCUCAUCCGGAAACAUGGAAAGAAACGAAGCCUGGGUGACGUGAGCGGCAAGUACCGUUACCAUGCGCCUCAGCAGACCUCGAGUGUGAUGGGUUCGCUGAUCAAUCUGGACUUCCCUGAAACGAGGGCCAUCAACACCAAGUCCGCCAACGCCAUCAUCUCAGAUCAGAGCCACCAGAUCAGGAACACUUACCAGAAGACAUUCAGGGCAUCAACAUUGGAUGCAUGGAGCCGCCCAGGGUCUUCUAUGGAGACUAGACCAUACAGCAGUUUAGACAAUCAACCUCAGACUGCCCCUGACUCUUUACAUGAUCUGCAGCCUCAGGUCAAUAAUAGAAUCAACAACAACAGCAGACCUCACACAACAGGGAACCGGAAUCAGCGCACCCCGUCCCGGAAGCCUCCCCACCCAUCAGGAUUCAUGCUGGUCAAGAUGAAACCAGAUGGUUCUAUCAAGAACAUGGGCUUCAAGAGCGUUACCCAGGAGAUAAGAGAGUGGUGGGAGGAGGAUGAAAAGAAACAACGGGAGAAGGCUCGCAAGGCUCAUAGUCAGAACCUGAAGCGGUAUGACUCGUUUGCGGGACAGUGGCUGAGCUUUGCUGGAGAAAACGAGGAGUCUGAAGGGGUCAUAGAAGCCUUUACAGGCAAAGUACCCAAGGAUGAAUUCUACAACAUCGAGAGCCGAGUAGGAGCCAGCGUAGCAACUCAACUUAAGAAAGGCAACAAGGUGCGGGUUGGAGUCAACGGCACCCUGCAGUCGGACAGCCUCAGGGUUAAGAAGUGGAAGAAUGACCCAGACGCAACCAAGGAAGAGACGGUGGAAGACAUCUUUCGGGAAGCUCGGGCGAGGGCGCCAAGUCCAGUACCGUUCCAGAAAGAGACUGAAGGGAAAGUCAGGACCAGAGCAGCCGAGGACCUGGUACCGCUAUCCUGGACAGAACAAGUUGCUAAGCCUAAUGUUAAGGUCAUGGAAUUGAUCGAAGCAAGCACUCCACCUGCAAAACCUGACCUCUCAGAACGUCAUCCCGUGGUGUUUCAUCCGCUGAUGAAGGACGGCAGCAAACCACAGCGCGGCAUCAAGCUUGGCAAGUACCGCAUCAACCAACAGAGCAGAUCUAAGAUCGGCAUCGACGGAGGUCAGAGCCUCAAUAACAGGAUCACCCAUGUCACCAUUGAUCAGAUUGAUAGAGCUGAUAGCGAGUACAGAGAACUAACCGAUGCUGACUAUGAGAACCUUCUGAAGGAGAAACUAAGAUCGGUCAGUAUGGAAGCAGACUCGGAAGACAAUGAGGAGGAUGAUGCAAUCUUGGAAAGUGUCAGUCCUAGAAGGGUUGCUGAGGAUGUGCGGGAGGCAGCAUCCAUAUGCAGCAUUGGCAAGGAAAGUGAUGCAUCAGGACUUACUGUAGGGAAGCCUGCAUCAGCUAGACCCCAGGGAUCAACAGAUAUAAUAGGUGUAACGCAGACAAGCUCUCGUUCGGAGAAGCCAUACGUCCGGCAAGUUGCAAGUGCGAUGCCUGGUAUGAGACAAGCUCGUUCGAACGAUGCACAAUUGACGGCACCUCCUAGAAGCAUGAUCCGAUCUGCAGGAUCACAAAGGAUACAACCACCUAUAGACAGUACCAGUCAGAGACUAGGAGCCAGAUCUGCUGGCUCACAGAGGGCACUGUCUAGUGCCUCUAGCAGGAUUAAGUACUCGUUUGACCAGAAGGUGACCCCAAGGAAUGCCCACAGUCCAAGACCCAACCUGGCCAGACCUGGGCACCUUCCUCGUACCAAGGUGUCCAGCAUCAGUACAGGUCCACAAGAAGGUGAUGCUGAGUACAUCAAGAUCUCGCAACAGAUCUUGAAACCAGGUGACGGCCAGGAUCGUGAUGCAGGAAUGAUAGCACAGAUCUCGGACUUUACCCAGGGACAGUUUGGAAACAGAGAUCCCUCCAUAAGUAGCAUGGAUGAAGGAGGAUCGGUAGACAGUAUGAAUGUGCACCGGGGAGAUCCUCACCAGGAGAGAGCCCACUAUCAUGAAGAUGGCACCAAGUGCACCUGUUCUCCUGAAGCCAAGCGUGUUAUGUCUGCUGCCCUCUCUGCAAUGUCUCAUGUUUCGGCUGAUCACUCUAUCAUCAAUAUUCCGACAGCCCCGAUGACUCCAACUGACUCCGAUAGAAACUCUCUCUCUGACAUGGAUCCACUGUCCUCAACAUCUUCAUUCCGCAGAGCAUCUUUGGGUGAGGAAGACUGGAAGGAAUCGUCCUUCGAUGAAGGUGGUCAGGAAGCAGAGAGUGAUGAUCAUGGCCCUGAAGUAAGCUCGCCUACACCAUCCAAAGAGAUCGUCAUCAACAGACACGAUGGUCUUGAUUCCCUUGGGAUCACGCCCCCUCGCUCUGCCGGCAAGAAGCGCACCGUCACGUUCUCUGACGAAGUCGACGAGCCAUUUGUACCAUACACCUCGCCAAUCUCCACCCCAAGGGAUCCUCAUCACCCUGGAUCAGCGGAGGGCAGUCUUCACUCAGGAGAGUUUGUUCAUACUGACAACCGCCCAGAUCUGACUGCCUCUGGUAAGAUGUCGGGAGAGGCAACUGAAGAGCUGAACGAACUGAGAGCCAAGAUUAAGGCAGACUUGCAGAAGUCACAGGCUGAAACGGAACAAGAUCUCCGACAGAUGAAAUCUCCAGCACCUGCUGUUUGAGGGGAUGGUUUCUCGUUUCCUAUUUUAUGCUUUGUACAUUGUUGUGAACAUUUGAUCUGUAUCUGUAUAAAUUUAUGAAAUCAUCUUUUUAUAUUGGUUGAAUUUUGUCAUCUAUUAAAACAGUUCAAAGUAUACAUUUUCAGACAGGGGCAGUUUAGAUUUAAAUGAGGAGAAGAAACUGCUAUUUUAAUGCAUCUUACCCACGAAAGGUGUUCACCAGAGUUACAUGUAUUAUGCUUUGUAUUUAUCCAUUCUGUGUUUUUUUUGGGGGGUAUGUUUUCUUAAGUAGGAAAUACAAUAUUUCAUUUUAAAAGCAGUUUAGUAACUCACAAAAUCACCGAUUCUGCUGCCAAUUCAAUCAUAAUUGCAAUCCUCUCAAUUGGAUAGCAAUGGUCAUAGCUUUAUAAGCCAAGUAGUCAGUCAUUCAUUAGGAUCCGGUCUUGCAAAGAGUGGUGAUUGAUCCAAUCAACCUCAACUAUAUGGAAAUCCAUCAGUGUCAUAAAUUUUUCCUACAGAAAAUAAGCACAAUUUCUUUUGUAUACAAUUAAAGAGGAAGCACACUUUAUUGUCAAGAAAACGAUGAAUGUACGAUUAUAUAUAUCAUAAUCUGAAAAUAUUUUGAACAAAUAUGCAUUUUACCUGUUGGCAUUGCUGGCUUUCCAUAGUUGUGGUUGAUCUAUAUUAGGUACUCGCAUAUUGCUCAGAAAUCUUCUGGCAGACUUGGUCUCCAUGUGUUGCAUGCUGCUACAUGUAUGCCUGGCCACCCAUGUGGUCUAGCUGCUGGUGCUCUCAGGCAUGGUGCAGGGUCAACAGUGAAUAUUUGUCAAUUCAGGGGCCCAUUUCUUAAAGAGUUCCAACUGUUGUAACUUUGCCAUAAUGGCAAAUACCAUGGCAACAGGGUUCAGCAGCCAAUCAAAAUCAAGGUUACCAUGGUAGUUGCCAUAAUGGCAAAGUUACAACAGUUGCAACUUUUUAUGAAAUGGGUCCCAGAUAGUGACUUCUUUUUCAUCUUCAAAGUUCAGAUUGGUGUUUUCAUGAAGCUGUUUGUAAAGAUACACAUAACUUAGACAUCUUAGCUUCACAGGGAUAUAUCAAGAAAGGAUCACCAGUUGCGUAAAGUCAUAACUUACAAACAGCCUUAUGAAAUAUCCCACCAGGUGGGUGUUUCAUAAAGCUUUUCGUAAGUUAAGAGCGACUUUACGCAAGACUGAUGAUCCUUUUUUACGGUAUAUUCAUUGGUGAAGGUUUAGCAUGUAAGAAAGGAUCACCAGUCGUUCUUAAAGUUGCUCUUAACUUAUGAACAGCUUUAUGAAACGGCCCCCAGGUAUUGUUCAUUAUACAGUAGGAUUUGAAGAUAUUCAGUAUUCCAUCAGAAACAAGCAAAGUUUUCUAUUUUUUACAAUCUUAACUCAUCCCUGAUAUUGCUUAUUAUGAUGAUACUGUAUAUUCCAUUGCUCAGAAAACAACAAUCCUGCUCUAAACUUUACAUUUUCUGUUUGAUUAGUGAUGAUGGGUAUAUUUGUGUUAAUUGUUAACUACGUGUACCUCAUGUGAUGACAUUAUAUCAAAGACCAAAAAUUGCAGUGCUAAUGAAAUCCGUCCAUUUAUAUGAAAUAUAUCAUGAUAUACAUGUAAAUCAUUGAUUUUUUUUAAAUCUUGUAAAUUUAUAUAUGAAGUGAAUUGUACAUACACUCAUUUGAAUAAACUGGAGUACUAGUAAUAUUUUAUGUCAUUGAAUUAUCUAUCUGCAUUAUAUCUAACUUCAGUCUCUCAAUCGUCCCUCAAAACUCGCUUACUUCAGCAGAUGUGUUGUCUGUACUUUUGAAUGUUUUUGACAGAAAUAUGGCGCAAUAUCAAUGAUGUGGAUCAUGAUCAUAUUUUUUUUAUUUGUUGAUUUGCCAAUGGCUCCCACCAUCAAAGGAGCUGUACCAUAUAUCUGUUGGAAAUUUACAUGUGGCUUUACUUUUGACUUGAAUGUCUUCCUGUCCUGAAUUAGAUACCCCAAUCUUUAAGACUGAAUUUUCUGUCUCUGAUCAUAUUUUUGACAAAGAGUAAACUUUGCAUUCAACAAUAAUCCAUGAAUAUUUCUCAUUUUAUUUAUUACUGAUGGGAAUUCUCUUCAAUAGUGCUUAUAGCUAUGCCAGCGAUGAACUACAUUACAUGAUUACAUUAUUUGUCCUUUAAAAUAAUUUUGUUAUGAAAUGAAUUUGUCAAAUUCGAAAUGUUUUAGUGGAUGUAUUUUGCAAUUUGACAUACAUUUUUUUAAGGGGUGGUGUCAUGAUCCCCACCAAAAUAAGACUUUCUCAAGGGUGUAAGUGGCCGAAAAUUCCAGGGUAUAAUCUGUUUUUAACUUUGAGAUAAGGGUUUGGAGGGCAGAUUUUAAUGAAAGAUAAAAACCAGAGAGGGAGAGCUGGAUAUCCUCAAAUGUAAAUUUUUACAAAGAAUCAUCACCUUUUUUAUAAGAUUGGAAAGUUAGAUGAUUCUCCAAUAUACUUCACAUUAUCAAAUUUUAUCAAAUAUUAGAGUUUGAAAUGUUUUAUAAUCUGUUUUAGCAUCCAAAAACAUGUAAUAGCUCUAUAAUUUCAAUCUUUGCUGUGCAUCAAUCAAUUCAACUAUGAGAAAAGUAGGUACAUCAGAAUCUUCCCCUCUCCCCGUUUUAUAAAAUUAUUAAUUCCCUAUUUUAUAUCGAAAGUGCUUUUUCACAAAUUAUGCAAGUAUAAAAUUGUUUUUAUUCAAAGUAUGAUCCUAAUUAUUCCUUAUAAACAAUGGUUUUCAUUUCAAAUUCAAUGAAUUUGAUUUACCUUUUGAAUGACAGAAGUUAUUUUUAAAUGUAUAAUUUUCACAUAUGUUGGAUAUGUACAAUAUGUUUGAGCUUGAUUCGUAAUGUAUCAGCAUGUAUUCACAAUUUCUUAUAUAAAGAUUAUAUGUACAUUUGAAGAAAAAAAUCUAUUUAAAUAUCCAUUGCAUUGGAAUUCAAUGGAAUGUUUAUUUUGAUUAAAAUGCUAUGAGCAUUAUUAAUUUUGCUUCCUA